ACGCGUGGGCGGGGCCCAGGCUCCGGGAUCAACCGGGUGGUAAUCCGCGGGUGGAGGCCACGGUGACGCUGGCCUGGCAGAAGAGCAGAAAGGCACGCUCUGUCAGCCGCCCGCUGCCCGGGGACGGCACUCGCCAGCGUGGGUGGGGCAGAGGGCGCCGUGCAGGCCCGCCCUGCCCACAGCUGCAGCACGGUCCUCGGCAGACAGAGAGAUGAGGAAAAGACCGAAUCACGGGAGCCUGCGGAUGGCCAAGGUGGCCUACCCACUGGGGCUGUGCGUGGGCCUGUUCAUCUACAUCGCCUACAUCAAGUGGCACCGGGCCUCUGCCACUCAGGCCUUCUUCAGCAUUGCCAGCGCAGCCUCAGCGGCCCGGUGGAGCCAGCAGGCCCACAGCCCUCCAGGGACGGCUGCACGUGGUCAUGAGGUCUUCUACGGGAUCAUGUUUGACGCAGGAAGCACUGGCACCCGCGUGCACAUCUUCCACUUCGCCCGGCCACCUGGAGAAACUCCCACCUUGACCCACGAAACCUUCAAAGCACUGAAGCCAGGUCUGUCUGCCUACGCUGAUGACGUUGAGAAGAGCUCCCAGGGAAUCCAGGAGCUACUAGACGUUGCCAAACAAGACAUUCCCUUUGACUUCUGGAAGGCCACGCCUCUGGUCCUCAAGGCCACAGCUGGGCUCCGCCUGUUACCAGGAGAAAAGGCUCAGAAGUUGCUGCAGAAGGUGGAAGAAGUAUUCAAGGCCUCACCUUUCCUCGUUGGAGAUGACUGUGUUUCCAUCAUGAACGGAACAGAUGAAGGCGUCUCAGCGUGGAUCACCGUCAACUUCCUGACAGGCAGUUUGAAGACCCCAGGAAGGAGCAGCGUGGGCGUGCUGGACUUGGGCGGAGGAUCCACUCAGAUCACCUUCCUUCCGAGGGUCGAGGGCACCCUGCAGACCUCCCCUCCCGGCUACCUGACCGCUCUCCAGGUGUUUAACAGGACCUACAGGCUCUACUCCUACAGCUACCUGGGGCUCGGGUUGAUGUCGGCGCGCCUGGCGAUCCUGGGCGGUGUGGAGGGCAAACCUGCCAAGGAUGGAAAGGAGCUGGUGAGCCCUUGUUUGCCACCUGGCUUCAAGGGCGAGUGGGAGCAUGCUGAAGUCACCUACAGGCUUUCGGGGACAACGGCGGAGGCCAGCCUCCACGCACUGUGCGCCAGCAGAGUGUCAGAGGUCCUUCGUGACAGAGUGCACCGGACAGAGGACGUGAAGCAUGUGGAUUUCUAUGCCUUCUCCUACUACUAUGACCUCGCAGCCCACGUCGGCCUCAUCGAUGCGGAGAAGGGAGGCAGCCUCACGGUCGGAGACUUCGAGAUUGCAGCCAAGUACGUGUGUCGGACCCUGGAGACCCAGCCACGGCACGGCCCCUUCACGUGCAUGGACCUCACCUACAUCAGUACGUUGCUCCAGGAGUUUGGCUUCCCCAGGACCACAGAGCUGAAGCUGACUCGGAAAAUUGACAACGUGGAGACCAGCUGGGCUCUAGGAGCCAUUUUCCAUUACAUCGACUCCCUGAGCAGACAGAAGAGCCCAGCCUCAUAGCUGCCGAGUGCCCUGCCCUGCUGUGCCCAGCUGUGUUCUCGGCCCUGUCCCUGUGGGCCCUUCCUGAGCCGGCCGUGAUUUCACCCUGAGGAGCUGCAGUGGGGCUGUGACCCCCUCACGUGGCCCCCAGCGGCACCUCUUGCCCACAAACCCUGAAUUUGCAGAGGCCCGUGUGGCCCCAGCCUGCAUAUUGGCCUGUCCUGGGCUGUGCCUAACCAGAGAGUAGGACCAGGGCUGGACACGGGCCCAUCUGGUGCCUCCCCAUCUUGGCUCCAGGCAGUUGUGGACCCCUGUCCUGUCUCCUCUAUCUUCAGGGCCGUGACUUCUGUGUUACUGUGACGUCGGUCACCUGUCCCCAGCCAUCAUUGCCACCACCCUCCCUGGGAGACUGGGGAGGCUGCACAGGCUGUCCUGGCUGCUCUCAGGGAGCCCCACGGGGACCACUCGCCCUCCAGGGCCCGAGUCCCAGCAGGCCUGCUGAGCUCCAGCCCGGGCAUGCUUACUUCUUCCUCCCGUGUGGACGUGUGAGAGUCAUGGGCAGUGUCUGUGCUCCGGUCCUUGGAGGGCUUGGGGUAGCCCACAGAGGGGCACUGUGUGCAGAAGGAGGGUCCGCCGGGGAGGACGUCCUCACAGACCUGCGGCCUGGGCCAACCCUCCAGGUGGAGCAGGUGCAGGCACAACCUGCCAUGGAUGCACUUGUGGCCGUGCUGUGAGCCACGUCUGCAUGUGAGUGCCAGGUCGUGUACACGCUGUGUUCUGAGCCCCUGUUUCUGGACGCAGACUCUGUGUCCAGUGAAUGUAUUGCUGCCGUGAGCCAGGUGCAGACAAGCCCCACACCAUGCCAUCGUGGCAUGGCAUCUCGGGCACAGCCCACCUCCUGCUGGGCAGCGUGAUUCCUGUGCCGUGUGUCACGCAGAUGGCUGGCCCUGGCACCACGCUCACCCUUGUCCCCUCAGUAAAUGUCCACAGGACAAGCUGGAUCCUGCGUGAUCCUCAGAAUAAAUGGUUUA